UUUCCGAGUAGUCCGCACCCCCAACCCCGGUUACUUCUCUUUCUAAUAUCUUCUCUCUCUAUAUCUGUAUUGACAGUCUUUUCAUCUUCUUUAGAGAGAUAUAUAGAUAUAGAGAUAGAGCUUUCUGUUCUUAUAUCAUUUUUCCUUAAAAAUUAUUUUGAAUACCCCAAUAGAAAGUUGCUCCUCAUUGAUCUGAAGUUAAAAAAACCCUUGUUCCACGUGUCCCAUUUUCAAGACUAUAUUUGGUGAAAUUUAAGUUUUGGGAAUUUCAGCUUCAGCUUGAGCAGGCUGUAGCUUCCUUUUUUUUUUUUUUGAAGAAGAAGAAUUGGAAAAAUGCAUAGUUAUAAAAAGUAGUUGCAGUAACAUUUAUGGUUGCAAGAAAAAGGUGAGAGUCUGCAGUAACACUGCAGAAAACGCAUAAAUUUUGUCGCUUUUGGGUGAAAAUCAGGGGUUUCGCGUGUCAAAAAGUAACAGAUUUCACCUUUAGUGUGAACAAUAAAGCAGUAUUAAAAAGGGUUACUGAACGGUGAUUUAUUGUGUGAAGACGGAAGGGGAAAAUUUGAUUUUUUUGUCAGUAUGCAUAUGAUUUACAUUACAAGGCUGUUUAGCUUUUGUUGAGCUAUAUUUGCUGUCACCGUAUUAUAAGUUAAGUGGUAGAAUUGUGUUCUCAGCCCAAGAAUAUUCUGCCUCAAUCAAGAUCGUCAAUUUUAUCCUUUCGAAGCAUAAAAAAUUGUAAAUCAAGCAAAAAAAUCUCAGCUACAAAGAACCUUAGUCAGUUAUCUGUGGGAAUAUAAAAAGCUGCUCAGAGUAUUCAGGAUUUUUUAUUAUUUGUAAGGUAUUCUUGUUCUGGAUUGGAGGUUUUGGGGGAAUGGCUAUGGUGGCACAGCAACACAGAGAGAGUAGCAGUGGGAGCAUGAACAAGCAUCUUGAUUGUGGGAAGUAUGUCCGGUACACGGCAGAGCAGGUGGAGGCCUUGGAAAGGGUCUAUGCCGAGUGCCCAAAGCCGAGCUCUUUCCGUCGGCAACAGCUGAUCCGAGAAUGCCCCAUUCUUUCCAACAUUGAGCCCAAACAAAUUAAAGUCUGGUUUCAAAAUCGAAGGUGUCGGGAGAAGCAGAGAAAAGAAUCUACUGGACUUCAGAGUGUGAAUAGAAAAUUGACUGCCAUGAACAAGCUGUUGAUGGAGGAAAAUGAUCGCCUGCAGAAGCAGGUGUCACAACUGAUUAGUGAGAAUGGGUACAUGCACCAACAAUUGCAAACUACAUCAGUGGGAACUACUGAUCCAAGUUGCGAGUCGGCUGUCACUGCUCCCCAGCAUUCUCUCAGAGAUGCUAACAACCCUGCUGGACUCCUCUCAAUUGCGGAAGAGACCUUGGCAGAGUUCCUUUCGAAGGCUACUGGAACUGCUGUCAAUUGGGUCCAAAUGCCUGGAAUGAAGCCUGGUCCAGAUUCGGUAGGGAUCUUUGCCAUUUCACAUAGAUGCCUUGGAGUGGCAGCUCGAGCAUGUGGUCUUGUAAGUUUAGAACCACCAAAGAUUGCUGAGAUCCUUAAAGAUCGUAAUACUUGGUUCCGGGACUGUCGAAAUCUUGAAAUUUUCACUAUGUUUCAGGCUGGAAACGGAGGAACAAUUGAACUUCUCUAUACCCAGACAUAUGCGCCAACUAUACUGGCUCCUGCUCGUGAUUUUUGGACUCUGAGAUACACAACCACCUUAGAGAAUGGCAGUCUUGUGGUGUGUGAGAGAUCUCUUUCUGGUACUGGGGCUGGCCCAAAUCCAGCUGCAGCUUCACAGUUUGUAAGAGCUGAUAUUCUUCCAUCUGGAUAUUUGAUCCGGCCAUGUGAUGGUGGAGGAUCAAUCAUUCACAUUGUAGAUCACCUUAAUCUUGGGGCUUGGAGCGUGCCAGAGGUGCUACGACCGCUUUACGAAUCUUCAAAAGUAGUGGCCCAGAAAAUGACAAUUGCAGCAUUGCGAUAUAUUAGGCAGAUAGCCCAAGAGACAAGUGGCGAGGUGGUAUAUGGUCUUGGCAGGCAACCAGCUGUUCUGCGUACUUUCAGCCAGAGACUAAUCAGAGGCUUUAAUGAUGCUAUUAACGGAUUCAGUGAUGAUAGCUGGUCGAUAUUGAACUUUGACGGUGCAGAGGAUGUUGUAGUUGCUGUUAAUUCAUCCAAGAACCUGAGCACUGGUACAAAUGCAGUUUCCUUCCUUGGAGGCAUUCUCUGUGUGAAGGCGUCUAUGCUACUCCAGAAUGUCCCUCCAGCAGUGUUGAUUCGAUUUCUGAGGGAGCAUCGAUCAGAAUGGGCAGACUUCAAUGUUGAUGCCUAUUCUGCUGCGGCCUUGAAAGCAAGCUCAUAUUCAUAUCCAGGAAUGAGGCCUACAAGAUUCACUGGAAGUCAAAUCAUCAUGCCACUGGGACACACAAUUGAACACUUCCAGAUGCUUGAAAUGAUUCGUUUGGAAGGAGAUCCACUCAGUCAUGAAGAUGCUUAUAUUUCGAGAGACAUUCAUCUUCUGCAGAUGUGUAGUGGAGUUGACGAGAAUACAGUAGGGGCCUGCUCUGAGCUAGUUUUUGCCCCAAUUGAUGAAAUGUUUCCAGAUGAUGCACCUCUACUUCCUUCUGGUUUUCGAGUAAACCCACUGGAUCCAAAAUCAGGUGAUUUACAGGAUCCUUUGACUUCGUUUAAAACUCUAGAUUUGACAUCAAGUCUUGAAGUUCGCCCGGCAGCCAAUCAUGCCGCGGGAUAUGCGGCAUCAUCUUUCAGUGCACGAUCAGUAUUGACACUCGCUUUUCAAUUCCCAUUCGAGAGAAAUUUACAGGAGAGUGUUGCUACAUUUGCAUGCCAGUAUGUUCGUAGUGUGAUUUCCUCUGUACAGAGGGUAUCCAUGGCCAUAUCUCCGUCGAGUUUGAGCCCUGCAAUUGGGCAAAAGCCUUCUAUUCGCUCUCCAGAAGCUGUAACACUUGCACAUUGGAUCUGUCAGAGCUAUAGCUAUCAUGUAGGGGCUGAAUUGCUGCGAACUGACUCUUUGAGUGGUGAAUUAAUAUUGAAAACACUUUGGCAUCACCAAGAUGCCAUUUUAUGCUGCUCAUUGAAGGCACUGCCAGUUUUAACAUUUGCAAACCAGGCUGGGCUUGACAUGUUGGAAACUACUCUAGUGGCUCUCCAAGACAUCACAUUAGACAAGAUAUUUGAUGAUUCUGGACGCAAAGCGAUGUUUUCAGAAUUUGCUAAGAUCACACAACAGGGAUUUUCUUACUUACCUGGGGGGAUCUGUUUGUCAACGAUGGGACGCCACGUCUCAUAUGAACAAGCCAUCGUGUGGAAAGUUGCAGCAGAAGAUAACGCUGUCCACUGCCUCGCCUUUGCUUUUGUUAAUUGGUCUUUUGUGUGAAGGAUAAACUUCAGUUAUUGCAAUUUCCCUGUUCACAGUGGUAUAUGGAAAAUCAGACAAAAGAUUCAAGAGAAAAGAUGGAUUAUGGAGGAAUUAGCAAGUUCUGUAAUGUUUACCUCACCCCAGUUUGCAUUAUUUUAAUAUAAAUUAUGUUGUAUGCAUCUGAAGUAUUUUUGAUCCUCCAGUGUAAAUUCUGCCUUCGUGUAGUGUUAUUGUAGGUAGACCAUUGAUUUGGCAAACUUUGUGCCUGAAAUAUAUUUGUAUGAAGUUAAAGAAGGGCGGUGCUGUCUUUCGCAAGAUUAAAUAUUGGAAAAUUGUGAUUCAUAUUUACCCCAUGUUUGGUUUAACUUAAA